AUGAAGACCACUAACAGACCCGAUGAAUGGAAGAUUGAGCAGGGCCUGGCUGGGGCUGAGCUUCCUGUCCUUGACAUGACGGGACCCCAGACCAACGCCCUUCCUCCUCAGAUCUUUGGUGACCUGACGAAAGAUGAGGCCGCCAUCAAGAGUGUCGGUGACCCUAACAAGCUCUUUAAUGAAGAGCGUGAAGGGUGGACUGGCUUCGUCGAGUGGGAGAACUAUCCCGAGAAAAAGGCUGCCGCCCACAAGAUCUUGACCUCGCAGACGUUCCCUCCCAAUCCCGAGUUCCAGCUUGGCCCGAUCCCAGCGACAAAUCCUGUGCUUCCUGGUACCCAUUGGAAGAUGUGGCAUAAGGCGGUCGGCGGCGCUCUUUCUCGCAUCCCCGACGACUCUUGGGACAUCGUCCUCAAGGAGAAGCACGCCGACAUGCUCCAUCUUCUCCAGUUUCCCUACAAUGGCGAACCUCCAAAACGCCUCGUGACCGACAAGGAGAUCACCCCGAACCCCCUACACUUCGUGCGAAAUCACGGCGGUAUCCCAAUUAUCGAUAAGGAACACUACAGCUUCCUCCUGGACGGUCUCGUCGCGAACCCCAAGUCUUUCACUCUCGACGACCUCAUGGACGAGACCAAGUUCCCGCGCAUGGAGAAGACUAUCACAAUGCAGUGUUCUGGAACCCGACGCAUUGAGCAGAUCCUGAAGUACCCCGGCCAGGGCGACGAGGUACCCCAAGCUCCUUGGGCAGAGGGCGCGAUCGGCACUGCCAAAUACGUCGGAAUCAGUCUCAAGAAGGUGAUCAAGGCUUGUGGUGGACUCAUUGAGGGAGCCAAGCACCUCGAAUUCUAUGGCGCGGACACCUACUUCAAAGACGAUAAGACCAUGAACUACCUCGUUAGUGUUCCUUGGUCCAAGGUCAAGGCCAAUGAGGUCAUGCUGGCCUGGGAGAUGAACGGCGAAGUCCUCCCGCGUAUCCAUGGAUAUCCCCUCCGCAUCGUCGUCUUCGGUUACAUCGGAGCUCGAAGCGUGAAGUGGCUUUACCGCAUCAAGGCCAUCAAGAACCCCACUCGCGCGCCGGUCCAGAGCCAGGAGUACCUCUACUUCCCCCAGCAGGUUGGCAAGCACAACUUCAAGCUCACGGAUGGCAUCCAGAUUCAAGAAAUGCCAGUCAGCUCGGCCAUCAUGUCGCCCUGGACCAAGCAGGUCGUCAUCCACAACGGCAAGAUCCGCUGCAAGGGAUGGGCCUACUCUGGUGGUGGACGCUGGCCGGAGCGCGUUGAGCUUUCGUCUGACGGAGGCUUUAACUGGUACACAGUCCCAGUUGAGAAUCUCUCAAAGAAGCGCAAGUGGACCUGGAGAACUUGGGAGAUGGAUCUGCCCUGCGAUGUUGAGGGCUGGAUUGAAAUUGUCUGUCGCUGCUGGGACAAUUCUCUCAACACCCAGCCGCCUGAUGUCCGCACUGCAUGGAACUGGGGCCUGCAUGUCACCAGCUCCUGCCAUAGAAUCUCGGUUUACAGUGUGAACAACACCCGACCGAAGACCAACGCCCGCCUUCAGGAGUUCGCAGACAAGGGUAUUCCAUUUGCCCCAAUCACUGUUCCGCUCGCUUUCCCAUCUCAGAGUUGGGAUGAUUAUGAAAAGUAUUGGAAGAGUCACGAUCCGAGAGACGCCGAGGAUGAGUAA